AGCCACCUCCCCCUCUCUCUCUCUCUCUCUCUCUCUCUCUCUCUCUCAACUUCAAGUUUCCUUCCCUGUGAAGCAUCUCUCUUUCUCUCUCUGAAAUCUUUUUCCCUCCGUGAUUACUGCUCUCUCUUGGGUCCCAUUCCGUUCCGUCUUUCUGACUGAGCACAGAAGCACCCCUUUUGAAUCCACCCUCCUCAAACCCUUCCAUUUCUCUAUCUCCACCUCUUUCAUAGAUUCCUUGUUUUCAGAAAGAAUCAUGUCUCUUAUUGGGCAGGUCAUGUCUUUGAUUGGCGAGUCUGCUCUAUCGUCAUUCUUUCAGUCCCUGUUUGAGAAGAUUGAAUGCCCUGAGAUUCUGAAGUUCGCUCGUGAAGAUCAAGUACUUGCUGACAUUAGAAAGUUGGAGGAAAUUUUGAUGGGGAUCCAAUCUGUGCUUGAAGAUGCAGAGGAGAAGCAGUUGUCUAACCCUUUGGUGAAGAUGUGGCUGGACAAGCUCAAAGAUUUGGCUUACGAUGUGGAAGACAUUUUGGACGAGUAUCAAACCGAAUCUUUGCAACGCCAGUUGAAGGGAGAAACUGAAGCUGGUUCAAGUAAGUUUCGGAAACUGAUGUUCAAUCCAACAAUGGUGUCCAAGAUGAAGGAGGUCACUACCAGAUUUCAGACGAUCGUCGACCAGCAAAAGGACUUCGAAUUGAUAAAGAGAAAUGUUGGACGGACCUCCUCUAGCAAGGUAUGUGUGCGACCACCCAGUACAUGUUUGGCUCAUGAACCUGAAGUGUAUGGCAGAGAUGAAGAUAAAAGGAAGAUACGUCAUUUGAUUUUAAGCAAUGAUGCAAGUGAUAAGAACGUUAUAGUAAUACCCAUAGUUGGGAUGGGUGGGGUGGGUAAAACAACACUCGCCCGGCUUGUCUACAGUGAUGAGUCAUUACAACAACAAUUUAAUCUAAGAGAAUGGGUUUGUGUGUCUGAUGAUUUCGACAUUUUGAGAAUAACAAAGAGCAUUCUUGAGUCAAUCACAAAGAAGUUGUGCGAUCUAAAUGAGCUUAAUCAAGUUCAACUCCGACUACAUGAGCAAUUAGCAGGAAGGAAGUUUUUGAUUGUUUUAGAUGAUGUUUGGAACAAAAAUUAUGAUGAUUGGAACACCCUGCGUUCGCCACUUAUGCAUGGAGCUCCAGGAAGUAGAGUCAUCGUAACAACACGUGAUGAAGAUAUUGCACGGAUGAUGAAAACAAUUCAAUAUCACAAUUUGAAUUGUAUUUCAGAUGAAGAUUGCUGGAAAUUGUUUCUUGACCAUGCUUUUGAUAGUGGAAGUGUUGCAGAUCCAAAAGUGGAAGUCAUCCGUGAAAAGGUCAUAAACAAGUGCGGUGGCUUGCCAUUGGCAGCAAGGACUUUGGGAGGCCUUCUACGCUCAAAACCGCAGGAGCAUUGGGAAGAAGUAAUGAACAGCGAAAUUUGGAAUUCACAAGGUGACGGCAACAACAUUCUUUCUUUGUUAAGAUUAAGUUACUAUCAUCUCCCUUCGCAUUUAAAGAGAUGUUUCGCUUAUUGUGCAAUACUUCCCAAGGAUUAUGCUUUUGAAAAGAAGCAAUUAGUCCUUCUGUGGAUGGCAGAAGGUUUAAUUGAGCAACGAGAUGAUCAACAUAUGGAGGAUGUGGGUGAAGAGUAUUUUCAAGAUCUAUUUUCCAGAUCACUUUUUCAAUCUUCAAGCACUGGUGGAUUCGUAAUGCAUGACCUGGUGAACGAUCUAGCACAAGUGGUUGCUGGAGAUACAUAUUUCAGAUUGGAGGAAAAGUCAAGUAAGCAAGAAAAAGCUCGCCACUCUUCUUACAUCCCCUGCAGGUUUGAUCGCUGUGAAAGAUUUGAGCCAUUUGAAACCAUGAAGCAUAUGCGAACCUUCCUGCCCCUAUCACUAGCUGGUGAUAUGAAUAUCUGCUUAGCAAAUUGCAUUCCUUCUUAUUUGUUUUCAAAGUUACGAUUCUUAAGGGUUCUGUCCUUCAAUCAUUAUAAAAUCACUAAGCUACCAGAUUCAAUAGGUGACUUGAAGCAUCUAAGGUAUCUCGACCUUUCAUACACUUGUAUUGUAACUUUACCUGAGAGAACAACCUCUCUAUGUAAUUUACAAACUAUGCUGCUGAAAGGCUGUCGGGAUCUAGAGAAAUUGCCAUCAGAAAUGCAAAAUCUGAUCAACCUACGUCAUCUUGAUAUCCAAGACACAUCUGUUAAAGUGAUGCAGCAGGGAAUGGAAAAAUUGAGAAGUCUUCGGACGUUGUCUAAUUUUGUUGUGGGGGAAGGUAAUGAAGUGGGUAUAACAGCUUUGGUGAAUUUAAAGUUUCUUCGAGGGGCACUCCGCAUUUCAAGGUUGGAUAAUGUGGCUAAUGCUUCAAAUGUAAGAGGAACCAUUUUAUUGGACAAGGGGAGAAUAGAUGAUCUGGAGAUGGCAUGGGAAGUUCUUAUUUGGCAAGUAGAUCGGUUUCUGUUCCAAACGAAGAUAGAGUUGUACUUGAGAAGAUGAAACCUCAUGAAAGUUUGGAAAAACUCACCAUAAUUGAUUAUGGUGGUAUUCAAUUUCCUUCGUGGGUAGGGGAUCCUUUAUUUCGAAAUCUAGUAUACCUAGAGUUGAAAAAUUGCAACUGCACAACCUUGCCUCAACUUGGGCUGCUUU